CGCAAUCAUUUCAAUGCGACCGCGGAAACUUUAAAUUUUUUAAAUUUGUUUAUUUUUCAGCUAUAUUAUGGCUACUUAGCAGAUUUAUGACGAAAAAAGUCAAUACACAUAAUCAAUGUAUAGAUGAUGCAUAUGAUGGCAGAAAAUUCAUCAGUAUUGAUCAGUGGCCUGUCAUUCUACAGCACUAAAAACAAGAAACAAGUUGAACAGCGGAAUUCCGUUAAAAGAAAAUUAGAGGAGCGAGAAACAAAUUUGAAGAAACAUGUCGUCCCGACCCCUUAUAAGUGUGGAAUGUUUGGGGAAUCUCCAGUUUGGGAAUCAUUUUACAGUCAAGAAGAGGCAUUCAAAAGAGCAAGACAAUAUUCAAAAAGUCUUCAUGUAUUCGCGAAUGAAAGCAAAACAUUCGUAGAAAGCACUGGAAAAAGAACUUAUUUUGUGACAAGUUAUGAUCAAUUUUGGCAUGUCUACAAACAGCUAGCGUUGAAUCAACGAUGUUAUUAUGAGAUCAUUCCGCACGAAGCUGUUUGUAAGCUUUAUUUUGACCUUGAGUUUAAUAGAGCGCUGAAUCCAACUGUAAACGAUGUUAAAAUGAUGGACACUUUUCUCAAGUUGAUUUCUGAACAACUUAAGCAUGUCUUUAACAUUGAUUGUAAUCCAGAAGACAUCAUUGAUUUGGAUGCGAGCACUGAUGCAAAGUUUAGCAGACAUUUGAUAUAUGUGCUGAAAGAUGUUGCAUUCCAGAAUAACAUCGAAGCUGGUAAGUUUGUGAAAUAUGUCUGCCAAUCCCUCUUGGAUACCAUUAGGAAUCAGAUUCAGGACAAAUGUGAUACAAGUGCAGGCACAAGUUUUCAAACUGAAUUAUCCAUCAGUGAUCUGGAGGGACUUUUAGUGAAUGACAAACAUGGUCACUCAAAUUUGUUUUGCGAUACUGGUGUUUAUACAAAAAAUCGUAACUUUAGAUUGUAUCUUUCUUCCAAGCGUGGCAAGAACAAUCAUUUGAGACUUUCCAAGUGGAACAAAUACUCUCCUAAGCCAACAAAAACCACGAGAGACAUUGAAAAAAGAAUAUUUCUUGACUCAUUGAUUGCAAAUGUAAAAUACACUCCGAAUCUGAAACUACUAACAUUCAAUGGUCCUGGACUUUCUGUAGCAACAGUCGUCAAAGACAACAACUCUAGUAUAGGUGACCAUUCAACCUUGAACAAUAUAAUAGGAUACAAAUCAUCUCCUUACCCUGAGAUAGACACGUAUGUGGGUUCUAUUAUCAAUAAAGGUGGUGUCCAAGGGCAGAUAAGAAGAUGGACUUAUUUUUCUUCUGGGGAGCUAAUUGUGUACGACAUCAUCAAAAACCGAUAUUGCGAAAACAUCAAUCGAGCACACAAAAGCAAUAACAUUAUUAUAGUUGCAGAUCUCAAGGCAGGUGUCAUUUAUCAAAAAUGCCAUGAUCCAGAAUGUCGAGAUUCUGGGUUCAAAUCACAGAAUUAUCCUAUUCCUCCAGAAUAUUUACCUGCUAAUUAUUUCCUCGGAAAUGACAGUGAUUUUUUUGAUGACAUCGAGGAUGAUAUGGAAAUUUCUGAUGCAGAUCUUGUAGAAGCUGUUGCUCAAAUUGAACACCUCUCUUCUAGUGAUGUUACUAAUAAAAUUGGUGACAUAAACAAUACACAGAUCAAUGUUUCAGAGCACAAUUCAAAAUGUUUGGUAACCACCCACAUGCCAACAGCCUCUUCUGUUAAUCAGAAUCAGUCAGUUGAAUCAACAGAUACUACCAAAGUUAAUAAUGGCACUAAAGCUGAGUCUGAUGACAUUACAGAGAUUGAGUUUGAUGACGAUAUUAAUGAUGUAGAUCUUCUCACAUGUCUUGAUGCCGUCGAAGCUUCUAAAAUGAGUUAGAAAUUGAAACCCCAUACUGUGCUUGCCCAGGAGUAAAAAUCUAUAAUAAAGGUAUCGACACUGAGAAAUCAACAAAAUUUGCAAGAGGAAAAACAUCAUUCUUUAGUUACUGAAGAAGAAAACAGGACAUAAUAUGAUAUAGACAACCCUAGCAUGACUUACAUUAUGGUAACAUAGGCAUUUCAAAAACAAAAC